UAGAAUUAAUAAUUUAAUGUCAGUGUUAGCUUUAGAUACAUGAUUAACGCGUUAGUUCAACGAUAUAGGACGCAACAGAAAAAAUGUGAAGUGCAAUGUUAUUAAAAGAUAAAAACGUUUUUCUUUUGUUAACUUAAAAAAUGUCAUACCUUCCUUUUUAUAUUGCGCUAAAAUAAAACUUGUAUGAUAAAGUCCAUAGCCAGCUAAUCAUACAAAGUGAUACGGUACCAUGUUUCCCUUUACCACGCAAUAUGUUGUUACGUCGCUAUUUAUGUUAUUACCUAUUUGGAAGUGUAUCCGGAAUUUGAAAAUGGUGACCAAGUUGUAAAGUUUGGCUCCAAGAAGACUCGUGUCGCAGUUUUAUUAAUUAUAUGAUCAUUAACUUUAGAGGUAGAUAGAUUACUUAUAGAGAUAAUUUAUAAGAGAAAUCAUCGGAACACAUUUUAUUUUUUAAUAAUGUAGUACUUCAUAAAAUAAAUUGUAUUUCGAUUUCGUUUUGAACGAUAUAGAAUCUAGAUUGUUACUACAGAACUACGUGACAUUUAUAUUGUAACUGUUCACACUUAUAAGCAGGUAUCACUAUAGUUGGUUUUUGUGAAAAAGACAAAAGACAAACUUCACAUCAUGUGGUGUUCCAUCGAUUUUACUAGAAGAGAUGGAAAAUGAAGAAAGUGUUUCAAAAACAGAUUGAAAAAAAGCAUAUUUAGUAAAUUUAUAAAUUUUAUAAGAAAAGUAUGUCAAAGGAAGAAUAAAAAAAAUUGUGCUAAUAUCAAGAGAACUAAUGCAAAUGUUGAUGCGAUUUGAGACUCGUUACAUUCGAUAAUGACAUCGAAGGGUACUACUAAUGAAAGGAAAAAGGUUAAGAUUCAAAACUUUAUCCAUUCAGAAGAAUCUAACCAGUUUCUUAUAAAAAAUGGUAGCGUACCAGUAAAACGCGAGAAUGGACAAAAAACUAUGGCCGACAAAAUAACCGACUUAAAGGAAUCAAUAAAACGUGAAAUUUGUAAUGACCCAAAAUUGGAAAUCAUCAUUAGAAAUCAGAUUCAAGAUUUAACGUCCGAAUUUAUCCACGGAGUUGUUCAGAAUUGUUUAAGGGAAUCUACCGAUUACCAAAUACCGAAAAAUAGUAGUAGUCUAGAAAAACGCAAGGAACAGGAAAUAAAUAUGAACAAAAAACUAAACAAAUUAAAGAACUUACGGAAAAUGAAUGAUUUUAUUCCUCCAGCUCCACCACUGUUACAAACUCUACCAACGCUUUUAAAAUCAAAUAAUAAUAUUGAAAACAAAGGUAAAGUUAAUAGACCAGCUCUACCAAUGGAUCUUAUGGACGAAAUCAAACGCGGUGUGGAGUUGAAGCCGGUAAAGCCAAUGGUUAAAGUAUUAGAUAAACCAAGUAUAGAUGAAAAAAAUCUUCAAGGAACGAACCCAUUGAAUAAUUUUAUUCAUCCAGCUCCGCCACUUUUCCAAACUCUACCAAUGUUUCCAAAAGUGGAUAACAAUACUAAAAGCAAAGGUAAGAUUGAUGGACCAACUCUACCAAUAAAUCUAUUGGAUGAAAUCAAACGUGGAUUUAAAUUGAAGCCGGUGAAGUCUGUGGUUAAAGUUAUAGAAAGAGCAAAGAUAGAUGAAAAUGAUCUUGGAAGAAUGAACCCAUUAAAUAUUGCUAUGUUCCAUCGGGUAAAUAUGAUGUCGAGCAGUUCUAGCUCUGUCUCUUCAUCAGAAAAUUCGUCUCAAGAUGAAUGGGAUUAACCAAAUAAAAAUUAAUCGUAAAGAAAAGCAUGGAUAAAUAAUGUUAAGUUAUAAUUAAUAAGUCAACCGCUCUGAAGCAAAGUAUGAGGGUAAGGGUGACUUAAAUGAGUUGAGAAUACCGGUUUGUCUAAUACGGACAGACAACCGGACACAAACGGAUCAUCCUUUGAUUUUGUACUUAUUAUGUUUUCAAAACCAGAACCAUUAAUCAAAUGCUAACAGCGAUGUUGAAGGUUUUUGAAAGAAACUUUUCAAUUACAAAUUUAAUAUUAUUAUCCAUACUAAUCUUUUCGAAAUUUUUCUUUAUGUAUUCAAUGUAUCGUUAAGAUUUUUUCUAGUAAUAAAAGUAUUUAAA